UUUUUAAAUGUCUUUAUUCCAAAUCAAAGUGAUGGGAGGAUCCAUUGUUUUCUUUCCUAGAUAUGUGGAAAGUUGAUGAUCUUCUACCAGAACACCUACAAAAAGGAAGUACGGAGAAUAGCCUUGUACAGUGGCCCAAACAUAACACCUUUAAAGAUUUUGUUCAUCAGGAUAGAAGUCACUCUGUGUUAAGGCAAAGUCAUGGUAUGUUUGACUCCCAUGGAAAAAGUAUAAAAUCAGAUUUAACUUUACUUAACCAGAGCAGAAGCUAUGAAAUAAAUAAUCCUGUUGAGCUUAUGGGAGAUGGGAAAUCCUUUCUCCAUGUUAAGCAUGAAAUUCAAUUUUCUGAAAGCCAAAAACCUAGCACUCAGUAUGGAGUCAUCAAACAUAAGAAGUCUCAAAAAAUAGUGAAGAUUCACGUAUGCACUGAAUGUCGGAAACCCUUCAUCAAGAAGUCUUGGCUCACUGAACACCUGAAAACACAUACAGGAGGGAAACCUCUUGAAUGCACUGAAUGUGGAAAAGCCUUCAUCAAGAAAUCACAGCUCAGUGUACAUCAGAAAAUACAUACAGGGGAGAAAUCAUUCGUGUGCAGUGAAUGUGGAAAAGGCUUCAGCCAGAAGGGAAGUCUCAUGGUACAUAUGAGGAUUCAUACAGGUGAGAAACCUUUUUUAUGCAAUGAAUGUGGAAAAACCUUCAUCCAGAAGGGACAUCUCAUGGUACAUCUGAGGAUUCAUACAAGUGAGAAACCUUAUGUAUGCAAUGAAUGUGGGAAAGGCUUCAACCAGAAGGCAUACCUCAUUGCACAUCAGAGAUUUCACACAGGAAAGACUCCCUUUUUGUGCAGUGAAUGUGGAAAACCCUAUUCCCGGAAAUCAAGCCUCAUUAAACAUCAAAGAAUUCACACAGGAGAUAAACCCUUUAAAUGCAGUGAAUGUGGGGAGGCCUUUAUUUGGAAAGCACAACUAGUUACACAUCAGAAAACUCAUAAGGGGAAACUUCAUUCAGUCAAGAAUCCUUCCUCAGAGAGUCACAGGUCAUCACUG